AAGUCCGUCGCUGUCGUUGUUGGCAGUACCUCCAACACACCAACGGUUCGCGAACUCAAGCCGCUCUUUGAGUUAAAAACGGGUUUGACGUCAGGACCUUUCAUUCCAUAGUUCAAAAAUGAAGCACCUCGCAGCCUACUUGCUCGCUACCCUCGGUGGUAAUGCUACCCCCUCCGCAGCCGACAUCAAGAAGAUCCUUGGUGCUGUCGGUGUUGAGGCCGAGGAGGAACGCAUCAGCAAACUCCUUGCUGAGCUCAACGGCAAGGAUAUCAACGAGUUGAUCGCUGAGGGAUCCAAGAAGCUGUCCUCUCUCCCCGCAGGUGGCGCUUCUGCUGCCGCUGGUGCAUCUGGUGCCGCAGCUGCUGGAGGUGCUGCUGAGGCGCCCAAGGAAGAGAAGAAGGAGGAGGCUAAGGAGGAGUCUGAUGAUGACAUGGGCUUCGGUCUCUUCGACUAAGCGUGGAAACCUGUUCUAAUACAUGCUUGCGGUGCUCCAUA